CUCACACAACACCACAAUGGCAAAAUCACUCAUGCCGCUUAACACCACAAUCACUUAUGCUGCAUAUGCAUGUGUGGAUUCAUUUCAGCAAAUGCCUUCUGGAUGGGAACCUUUUGCAAACGAAAAUUCACAAUAUUGGCGCAACACUUGUAGGAGUUGACAAGUUUGGAAACAAAUACUAUGAGAAACUACAUGACACUCAGUAUGGGAGGCAUAGGUGGGUAGAAUAUGCAGAGAAAGGUCGUUACAAUGCAUCCCAACUCCUGAACCAGAAGACUGCUAGGUACCUUGUAGAGCACAAGCAGAACUACUCCGGUGAGGGUGAAGAGCUGAUCUACCACUCCAAGGGGCAUACUUUGAAUCCGGGGCAAAGGGACUGGACGAGGUAUCACCGAGCUGAAUAG